AGUAUCCGCCAUUGAAGAAUAGAUGAUCCGGUUAAGUUCGAUUGUUUUUUUCCUCUUUUUUGUGUUUUUUGUUGUUGAAGCUCAAGUUGAUUCUCAAGAUGCUGAAAAUAGUGCUUUUCAGCCAAGUCUUGGCUUUGUGAUAGGGAUUUUAGGAGUUAUGUUUAUGUUAACAUUUAUUCUCCUUGUCUAUGCGAAGUACUGCCAUAGAAGAUCUUCUGUUCGUGGGGAUGAUGUAACUCAUCCUAGACAAAUCAGGACAAGUUCUCGGUUUUCUGGAAUCGAUAAGACGGUGAUCGAGUCCCUUCCAUUCUUUAGAUUCUCCACACUGAAAGGUUCCAAAGAAGGGCUGGAAUGUGCAGUCUGUCUUUCGAAAUUCGAAGAUAUCGAAAUUCUCCGGAUGUUGCCAAAGUGCAAACAUGCAUUUCAUAUUAACUGCAUCGAUCAUUGGCUCGAAAAACAUGCAAGCUGUCCUCUUUGCAGGCAAAGAGUUGGCUCUGAGGACUUGAAGCUCCUUAGUAAUUCAAACAGCAUGAGAUUCUUAUUGAGCAAUCUAUCAGAGCUGAAACAAGAUUCAAACAUAGAGCUCUUUGUACAAAGAGAAGAAGAAGAAGAACAACAACAACAACAAUUACUCCAUGGUUCUUCUAGAUUCAGCAUUGGAAGAAGCUUCAGAAAGAUCUUAAAGAGUGAUAAGGAAGAGGAAAUGUUGAUACAAAAGGCUUAUGGUAAUGAAGAUGAGAAUAUGAAGAACUUACACAGACACAACCACAAAAUUAUCGUCUCCGAUUUCGUUUUCAUGAAUCGAUGGAGCAACGUAAGUUCGUCAGACCUGAUGUUCUUGAACAAAGAGAUGAUUGAUGCCAUUUCAAGCAGUAGAUUCACUUCCUUUGAAACAGAUAUUGAGCAGUCAUCUCUGCCAAGAUCAAUGCAAAUUGAAGAAAUCUUGAAGGUCAAUGAGGAGAUGGAAAUAAAGAGAUCAUUUGAUCAGAGCAAACUCAACACAAUAAACCAAAGCAAUAACUCAAUUCUGGGAUUCCCUUCUACAUCACAAUCCUCUACAAAUCCAAGCCAAACAACAAGAAUUACUGGCCCAGAUGCAAGAAGAUCAGUUUCAGAAAUCACAGGCAGAUCAAGAUUUGGUGAUGAUGUUGGUCUGUAUACGAAUUUUAACAGAAAAGAUGAAAGUGGGGAAUCUUCUGAUCUAGGAAACAAUGUAAAGCAAGAAAGAACGAGACAAAUUUGGUACCCAAUUGCUAAAAGAACAGUCCAAUGGUUUGCCAAUAGAGAAACAAGGUUUCAACCAGCAGAGAACAGACAACAAACAGUAGAAACAGUGUAAAUCAGAUCAGUUCUUUACCUUUUUUCUUUUUCUCAUUAAUUUUCUUUUGUAAUUUCCUUUUACAGGGUCCCAAAUUUAGAGGAUUCUUAGUUUAGAUAGUUAAAGAAAUGGAUUCCUUUCAAA